GUUUGACAUUUUUUACAAUCGUGUAUUUUGUGAAAGAGAGGAGAAAUGAUUCUUCAUUAUCAGACAUAUUCAUGCACAGAGACACAUCUGUGAAAGCACCCAUUUAAAUUUACAGUCUUUGUAUUAAAAAAGUGAAAAUAAAAAGAUCAUAUGAAAGUUUUAUUAGUAAGUUACAUUCACAGCAGUGUAAAAACUGUAGAGUUAAUAAAGUCAUGUGAAAAAUCUGACUAAUAUUAAAGUGUAAAGUGAUUCUUGAUUCUCAUUCUUGUCGUUCAGACGAAUCAGAACAGAAUCUGACCGUCAGAGGAGGAAGAUUGAACAAUCUGAGAAUCAACUACAAGACUUCAAUGAAAACAUGAGUCCUUGUGUUACAAACUCUCUAACUUCACAAAGUACGAGGACACAAGAUUACAAAAACAGGAAUAUUUAUAAUGCAGACGCUGAGGAAGAAUUACACUCAAGAACAAACAACAAAGACCAACAACGAUUAAGACACACAAGUGCAAAAUAUACUAACAAACACAGUCAUGACUCUGAUCUUACUGAAGUCCUGAACACAUUCAGAUCAAAUCUGAGGAAGAAGUUUGAGUGUUUGUAUGAGGUAACAUCAAAUAAGAGAAACCCAACACUACUGAAUGAGAUCUACACAGAGCUCUACAUCACAGAGAGUGAAAGUGGAGAGAUCAGUAAUGAACAUGAGGUGAGACAGAUUGAGACACAAUCCAGAAGAACAACAACAGAGGAGACACCAAUCAAAUGUAAUGACAUCUUUAAACCUUUACCUGAACAAGACAAACACAUCAGAAGUGUGCUGACAAAGGGAGUCGCUGGCAUUGGAAAAACAGUCUCUGUACAGAAGUUCAUUCUGGACUGGGCUGAAGAGAAAGAGAAUCAGGACGUCCACCUCAUAUUUCCACUUCCUUUCAGAGAGAUCAAUUUGAUGAAGAACAAAACACUCAGUCUUUUAGAUCUUCUUCAUCUUUUCUUCCCACAAACAAAAGAAAUGAAAAUCUUCAGAGAUGAAUAUAAAGUGUUGUUCAUCUUUGAUGGUUUGGAUGAGUGUCGUCUGUCUCUGGAUUUUCACAGCAGUGUGAGGUUGUGUGAUGUAAGUGAAUCAACCUCAGUGGACGUGAUGCUGACAAACCUCAUCAAGGGGAAUCUGUUUCCCUCUGCUCUCAUCUGGAUAACCUCCAGACCAGCAGCAGCUGAUCUCAUCCCCUCUGAGUGUGUUGAUCGAGUCACAGAGGUACGAGGCUUCACUGAUCCACAGAAGGAGGAAUACUUCAGGAAGAGAAUCAGUGAUGAGAGUCUGUCUGAUCAAAUCAUCUCACACCUGAAGUCAUCCAGGAGUCUCUACAUCAUGUGUCACAUCCCAGUCUUCUGCUGGAUUUCAGUCACUGUUCUAGAGAGAAUGUUGAGUAAAGCAGAGAGAAGAGAGAUCCCCAAGACUCUCACUCAAAUGUACACACACUUCCUGAUCAUUCAAACAAACAUCAAACAUCAGAAGGACUAUGAGAAGAAAGAUGAAGACAUGAUCUUCAAACUGGGGAAACUGGCUUUUAGGCAGCUUGUGAAAGGCAAUCUGAUCUUCUAUGAUGAAGACCUGAGAGAGUGUGACAUUGAUGUAGCAGAAGCAUCAGUGUACUCAGGAUUGUGUACUCAGAUCUUCAGAGAGGAGUUUGGUUUGUAUCAAGGGAAAGUUUACUGCUUUGUUCAUCUCAGCAUCCAGGAACAUCUAGCAGCUCUUUAUGCUCACAUCUCUAUCACAAACAACAAACGAUAUGUGUUUGUAGGAUUAAAAAUAUAG